AUGGCUUAUUCUGCAUCAAUUAAAAAGUCCCAGGACGUUCUUACUUGUGGAUUAUGUGAAACAGAUACAAAAAUAAAAGUGAAAUGUAUGGACUGUAAUCUAUACAUGUGCCAAAAAUGUACAGAUAAGGUACAUGCCAAGUUCAAGAAUGCAGAUCUGCAUGACAUAGUAGCGUUGAAGGACAUCCAUUCUCACAUCGAGGACACCGAUGUUACGUCGGAAUUCAAACCUGUCAAAUGUAAAGACCAUAGAAAACAUAUGUGCUGUAUGUACUGCAAAACAUGUGAAAUAUUAGUUUGUCCAAAGUGCAUAGCAAAUACACACCACCCGCAUUCAAUGAUUGAAAUACAAACAGUUUGUCAAAACAAGGUUGAAGAAAUGAAACAAAUGUAUGAUCAGGCUCAUAAAAAGAUAGAAAAGUUUAUGGAAAAAAUAGAUAUUAUGGUAGAAAUCGAAAGAUCAAAGUCAUAUGAAUUAGUACAAAAAAUAUUAGAAGAGGAAAAGUUAGCGAAGAAAGUGCAGUCUCAAUGUUUGAAGCUACUUCAAGAAACUGAAGAAAAGAGCAAGAAAAAUACGGAACUAAUGUCAUUUAAAAAAUCAAAAGUGUUAGAAGAAGGAAAAGAUAUUGAAAUUGUUAUGCAACAGGUAGAAAAUAAUCACAAAUCAAAAAACACCGAAAAGUUUUUUGAGGCUAUAAGUUCCCUGCAUGCAAAAUUGGAGUCGAUUGAGCAGUCAACAAUUCCAAAAUCAUUUAAUAUAAAAACACAGCAAUAUGUUCCUAAUUAUAAAAUCCAAACUAAUUCUAUAACAGUUGAAAUGGAAAUUCAAUUUCAGAUCAAAUCAAAAUAUGAUAUAGACAUGUCAUAUAUACACAGCAUCACAAGUGAUAAGGAAGGCAACAUUUGGAUCGCAGAUGGAGGCAAACAAAUUCAACAACUGCAAUUGAAAGAAGGAGUAAAAACCACAAAAUCAAUAAAAAUUGAAAUUAAAGACCCUGAAAUUAGAUGUUUGAAUAACAAAGUUCUCUUAGCAUCUUCUCGACGUAUCUUUCAAUUGUAUUUUAAUGAAGAAUUAAAGGUUUUCAAAGAUUUUUCUCCUAAUGCACCUUAUACUCUACAUGUUUCAGACAAUCAGAUUAUUUUGGGAAUGGAUUGUACCUCGAUGACCGACAAAGAAGACACACCUGUCAUCAUAAGGUUAGGAUUUGAUGGAGAAAUCAUACAGGUCUAUAAAAAUCAUGGGAGACAAUUACUUACGGGAGAUGUUGUACGAUGCUGUACGACAGCCGAUGAUGAUAUAUGCUACAUUGAUAGUAAGUCUACAGAUGGCUUUGAAGGAGAUGUAGUGUUCAUCAGUAGAGAUGGAAUUAUUCAAUGGAAAUACAAAGGAAAUUCCUUAAUCAAUUCAGAUGAACAUUUCUUUGCUCCUGUUGAAGUGGUAAUUACUAAAUCCAAAAAAUUGAUAAUUUCUGAUAUAAAACAACAUGCUCUCCAUCUUGUCACAGCCAAGGGGGAAUUAGUGACAAUAUUAGAUUUAACAUUAAUGGGAUUAGAAAAUCCAGGGGUAAUGACAAUUGAUGUCAAAGGGACUUUAUGGAUAGAAAGCAAAGAACUAAACAAAGAAAGACUCAGUGCUGUGAUAUUCUCUGGAUUCUAG